AUGAACUCGACCAAGACAAGCCCUGUCAAAAAGCCCACUCAAACACCUGAAGCUAACAACGAAUCCGACACAACAAAAAAUGGCACUGAUGCCCCUCCUUCUACGACGGGUGAAUUUGAUGAAGACCCAUCAAUCCUUUCUGAUCCAGAAGAUUACUUAGAAGAAAAUGAAUCGCUAGAUAUGAACUUGAGUCGAGGUGACCAAAAAGUUUGGUUAGUGAAGUUGCCCAAAUACUUGAUAGAUAAGUGGAACGACCCCGAAUCGAUGAAGAAAGGCAAUCAACUAGGGAAUGUAAAAAUUAGAAAAGACCCCAAGGGUAAACUAGAAGUUAAACUCGUAUUGGAAAAGAAGGAAGCGGAUAUACCACAAGAAUACGAUAUUAAAAUGUUAAAUACUCAAGUUCGUAAUUCAUACGCCUUCACCGAGGAGAAUCUAAAGAAAUUUAAACAAGAGUUAACUGAAGUAGGUGAAAUGCCCCAACAGCCUGCAUUGAAGGACACCGACGAGAAGAAGAAGAAGUUCCAGCCAAGAAGGAAAUUCAAGUAUUUUCGAGUGCAAAAAAAUGGAGAUGGCUCUGAUGGCCAACCCAUCAGGAAAUAUAUUCCAUUUGUUAAAACUAUCCCCAAGAAAACCAGUCUUUUGGGUAAAAUAGUUCAUGAUUGUCUGAUUGUUCCAUCAAGAAGCGACCAAAAUUAUUCAGCAUUGAUUAAAAGUCGUGAUGCCAAUAUACAAGGUCCACCAAGACCAAAAGUCACAUUACUUAAUGAAAUCCCCGGAGUUAUUCAGUCCAAUGCUGGUCCUUCGAUCAAAGGUAACAACACUUCCGUUUUCCUUAAAUCUACUCAGCCUAAAAAUAAAGCUGACGGUAGAGCUAUUAGAAUGCCUAAACAGGACCUUUUGGAUUUGUUGUUUAGGUUAUUUGAGGAAUAUGAGUAUUGGUCUAUAAAGGGUUUAAAAGAACGAACAAAACAACCGGAAUCUUAUUUAAAGGAAUCGUUGGAUUCAAUUGCCAUUUUGAUUAAAAAGGGUCCAUAUACAUCGAAGUGGGUGUUGAAGCCAGAGUAUAGAAGAUUGAGAGAUGCUGAAAGGGCCGCUAGGUUAGGGCUUGGUGAUGAUGACCAACAAGGUAAAGAGAAUGAAGAGCAAGCAGAUGGAGAUAAUGAAGAUGAAGAUAUGGAGGAUGUUAUUUGA